AUGCUGUCAGCAGUUCCGACCGUAUCAGGGCAAUGCAUUUCGCUCAAAGACUCUUCAGCAUGCCGAGCGUGGUCAGAUGCAUCCGUUGCCCUCACGUCGGAUGUUGUUGGGACCUUCUCAUUCCUCCAAUACGUGACGGAUACUCAAUCGUUUGAUUCCGCGAUGGAGUCGUAUCUCAAGACGACCUUUAUUACCGAAAAGUAUCAAACCCAGUUUGGCUGUGGCGCCGUGGAUUUUACGAAAGCGAGCGAUAUGUACGCGCGGUACACGAAAACGACGAUAUGCAGCUCCAUUGUCCAGAUGUCCAAGAAUACCUGUGGCCUGUCGACAGACAUUUCGCGACCGGCUUGCAGCGACACGUGUGCUGAUUUCGCUCAGAGCGAAGCGUUCAUUUCGUCGAACCCGAAUAUGUGCCCGACCCCCGGCCCGAACGUUGUCAAGUUAAUUCGCGCCGAUCUCACGGUCUGCGCGUUGCCCGAAGACGCCCUCAACCCGUCUAGGUGUGUCCCCGGUGUCGUUAACGAGCCCGAAAACUGUGGCUUUUCCGACAGCACGAUUGGUCUUUGUGCUUACUGCGCAACGACGGGGCUCAACGCCACCGAUGGCUGCUGCUUCGGCUCCAACGUGGAGGAACGCUGUGCCGGUGUCGAACUACCCUCGAUCCUACCAACUAUGACGUUUGCCGUCCCGAGUGCUAGUGCGGUACCGGACGACGACGACGAUGAUGAUGAUGGCGGCCUCUCCGGCGGCGCCAUUGCCGGCAUCGUGGUUGGGGCAGUGGUCGGAGCAUUACUUCUCGCGGGCUUGGUAUAUCUGUGCCUUGUACUUGCUCGCCGUCGCCGCAAUUACGGUAGCCAGAGUGGCGGGAGCAUCUUUAACCAGCCGUCGCCUGCUCGGAAGGGGCCUCCCAUGUCGGAAACCAAGCUCCAGUCACCUGCGAUGCCCCGAGGAUACGAGAUGCUCCCGGGCGGCCGCAUCGCGCGGAUGUCGGCCCUCGAGGGCCACUCUGGAGACUCUCCUUCCCAUACUCGCCUAUCUAGCGCUGCUGGCGUGGCGGCUGUGGGUGGCAUCUCGGGCCGCAUGUCGUCGAGGAGGAGGAACGGCUCGCUCUCGAGCAACUCGAUGCUGGACGAGGCACAGUCCCCGACUAGUGCGGGUGGGAUGUCGUCGCCCCGGGGCCUCAAUAGCCAACAGUCGGAGCAGCUGCCGUUCUUCAAAGACUACUAUUCACAAGAUGAUAUCCAUCCAGGCGACCGGGUGGCGGUUCUCUGGGCGUACCAGCCCCGGGCUGCCGACGAGUUCGCCUUGGAGCGUGGUGAUAUGCUCAAAGUAGUGGGUAUAUGGGACGACGGAUGGGCGACGGGCAUCUUGCUCGACGACCGUGCCGAUGAGUGGGAGGUGAGGCGGCAAGCGCAGAGGGAUAGCGGGGUUUCUAAUACGUCGGGACGCCGUGAUACCUCGCCUCCCGUUAGUGGAGAGAUCAAGGCAUUCCCUCUUGUCUGCGUGUGCUUGCCGGAGCACUGGAGGAAGACAAUUGACGGUGAAGGCUCGACCGAGACGGGAUCGAGUCAUCAGCGGACAAUAUCCGCCAUCUCUUGA